GAGAGGGCGAGAAUCCUCGGUGUUUCACCAGUUCCCGCCAUGUCUUCCUUCGUCCGGCUGACUGCUUGUUUCGGGCGGGCAUGGGGGUCUUUAUACCCCGCCCGGUCCACAUGCCCCCAAAACAUGAGGCUCAGCCACGAUGGGUAAAGGCAAGGUCGACGCCAGCCCGUUGAAGAUGAAAGAGUAUCUCGCCCAAUCUGCUGAGGCGGCGAGAAAAGAGCUGCGGAUGCUGAGCAGAAGAAAAAACUUGAAGGUACUUCGGAUUCUGACAACACAAGGGAUCCUAAGCGCCAAAAAACUUCAGGCGCCACUGAAAGAACUGCUGGUGGUAAAACCUUACACCAGACGACUCUCAAUCCAUCCGGUUUAGCCUCCAGAGGUAAACCGGCAGAAAAAAAAAAGGGACAUGAUAAUGUCCCGCCACCCCGGGAAGAUCCAAAUGCGAUGAUUGACCGCCCGCCAACUCCAUUUGGUCAUGCUGGCUCUAGUUCAGCCAUCGGAGGCGAGGCUCUCCCUACCUUGCUAAUCUUGUCCGAUCCUCACUUCAACAGCUUGGACUUUAUGAAUCGAACUUUUGACAACAGGCUUCAUAGAGACAUUUCUGGUCAAGGUCCCCCCAACAUUGCUUCCAUGGCCAUUCACCAUGCCCUUUCUGCCGCUAGUAGCGGGUAUGGCUCACAAUGUGAAGGAUUUGCAUGCGGCUAAGAAUCGUCUUGAGAAGAAGGCGGCUGACUGGAAGGCUGCGUAUGAGCGGGCAAAGGUCGAUGCUGAAACUGCCAACAAGCAUCUGAAGUCUUCCGAGAAAAAAUGUGCUAAGUUAACUGAAGACUUGGCGACUUCUGACUUGCUCCUUCAAAAGACUAAAUCUUUGAAGGAAGCCAUUGAUGUCAAACACACUGCUGCUCAGGCUAAAUGCCGAAAGAUGGAAGAGAAAUAUGAACGCCUGAAUGCCUCCAUUCUAGGGCGUGCAUCCAUUCAAUUUGGUCAGGGCUUUCUCAAUGCUAAAGAGCAAAUCAGUGUUGUUGAACCAGACUUUGACCUUUCCUGUAUCGGGUUUUUGAAGGAGAUUAAGGAUGGUCAGGUUGUCGGCGAUGAUGAUGUUGAUAUUGACCUCCUUCCUCAAUUCAAUUCUGAAAGUGAAUAUGAGGAAGAAAAGUGCGAAGAUGGUCAUGGCGAGGACAAGAAUGGGGAUGAAGGGGAGAAUGACCCAAAAGCUGCCGCAAGCCAAGACAACAACGCCAACAAUGAGAACCUGGCUUGAUUUUAUUUGUUGUUUUAUUUUGUUUAAGUCAAGCUUUGUUUUGGGCUUAGCCCUUUUGUUUGUUGUUGCUUAAGACAUGUAUGGGCCACGCCCCUUUCUUAUCUUUAAUGAAGUUCUUUUUAGUUUAACUGUUGUUACCUUGAAGUUGUUAUUUACUGAAUUUUAUUAACGUUUAGGUUUGUAUACC